AUGUCCUCUUACAAGGAAAGAUGGGUUCGGGAGAAGAAUCGAAAAAGAAUGCAAAAGAGAAGAGAGAAGGAAAAGAACAGAAAGAAAAAAGUCAAAACCCCAUCACCAGCAUCAACCUCGGAGCAGGCUGCAUACAUGACAGUUUUCGAAUGCUUGCAACAGACCCAGCAAGACAAAGAGCACAAGCACCGCAAGAACACAAGAAAAUUCUUCCUGUGGAAGUUUGCAUCAAAAACAUCCAAACGAUACAGAAUUAGACAUCAGCAAGAACAUGGGUAUCAGAAUCAAGCAACUGACUUGCAGGAGAUUGUGUCGCUUAAGCGACGAGUAAGAGAGUUGGAGAGCCAACUGCGUGACAAAGAACAAAUUAUUACGCAGCUGAAGUCGGAUCAAGUGACUGCUCAUUCUGGGCAUCCCUUCAGCAUUGACAUCACUCCUAAGAAAAUAAGACUUAUGAAGGAGUUGACCAGUAUGGUUGAAGGUACAGCAGCACCACCGCCACCCCCACCAUCACCACUGCCACAGACAUCACCGCCAAAGACAUCACCGCCGCCACAACAAACAGCACCGCCGUCCACAAGGACAUCACCGCCGCCACCACCACAGACGGUGCCGCCGCCACCAGCACCACGGACUGCUUCAGCAACCCCAGUGGUAGCUGCACAGCCACCACCAGUGUCUACCAGCCCAAGUUUCCCUGCCUUGUCCAAUACGGUAUUACCCUUUGUAAAGUCUUUUUUAUGCUGA